AUGAUUCGCACUAGAAUAUAUCAGCUAAGGCUUGGUAGAAGGUUUGUUUCUGAUGUUGCAAAGACACCGUUACUCGAAUACGAUCGCCAAGUGAAGAUUGGCAAGCUAAGAGAUGAUCCGUAUCAGAGGGGUAUCAUAAAGUCUUUAGGCCAUUUACAUGAAUCGUUACAAGCGUACCAUCCAGAUCCAGUAGUUCCUCCUAGCGUGUUGGACCAAGUCGGAUGGAGAGCUGGAUUCCUAGGCAAGCUAUUAUUGUCCAGGAACCAGAAAUAUUCGACUGAGGGAGUUCCAAAGGGAAUAUACCUCUAUGGUGACGUGGGAUGUGGUAAAACGAUGUUGAUGGAACUAUUCUACUCCACAGUACCAUCGCAUUUGUCCAAGAAACGUAUUCAUUUCCAUCAGUUUAUGCAGUUUGUCCACAAGAGAUCGCACGAAAUUAUGUCGGAGCAGAACUUCGAUGCCCUAGGAGAAGCGAAGGGGAAAGACAUAGAUCCAAUCCCAUUUUUAGCCGCAGAAAUCGCAAAUAGCUCAAGAGUACUAUGUUUUGAUGAGUUUCAAGUGACUGAUGUUGCAGAUGCGAUGAUUCUACGGAGACUAGUUACUACGCUGUUAUCCAAAGACUACGGUGUCGUGCUCUUUGCAACCAGUAACAGGAAACCAGACGACUUAUAUAUCAAUGGUGUUCAGCGUGAAUCAUUUAUCCCAUGCAUUAAUUUGAUCAAGGAAAGAACGGAAGUUGUUCUCUUGGAUUCUCCUACCGACUACCGUAAGAUUCCAAGACCUGUGUCGUCUGUGUACUAUUAUCCAGAAAAGGGCAUGGAUUACUUCUCAAAAGAGUGUGAAUUAGCCAGAAAACUUCACGUGAACCAAUGGUAUGAUUACUUUUCGCAAUCGAAUGCACCAAACGAGCCCGCUGCUGCUGCGCAAGUGGUUCAUGACUACCCAUUAACUAUUUGGGGUAGAGAAUUGUUGGUUCCCAAGUGUACUCCAGGUAGAGUUGCGCAAUUUUCUUUUAAACAAUUGUGUGGUCAACCUUUAGCAGCCGGAGAUUAUUUGACCCUUGCAAGUAGUUUUAGAUCAUUUGUGGUGACAGAUUUACCAUACUUGACCAUAUAUGUACGUGACGAGGUGAGGAGGUUCAUUACAUUUUUAGACGCCGUCUACGAUAAUGGUGGGAAAUUGGCUACUACUGGGGCGAAUGAUUUUACCUCGUUAUUCGUAGAGCCAGAAGAUAUCAUUAAUGAUUUUAAACUCAAGCCAAAGAGUGAAGAAGAAGGCAAAGAUACUGAUGAUAAUGCUGAUGUAAAUGAUGAAUUAGUUACUAAACACGGUUUCACAAAAGAUAUAGCAAAGAAGGCGCAAAUGUUCGCAUUAGAUGAAGAAAGAUUUGCUUUCGCCAGAGCUUUGAGUAGAUUAUCACAUAUGAGUUCAACUGACUGGGUUGAAAAAAGGUAG